AUGCGCUCGAGUGAAGCAGCCGCUUCCAAGACCCUCCAGCUCGGGCAAGACGCUAAGGCACCCGGCAUGAGCCGUUGGUAUCCGAGUCAGAAAGCGGCAAGCAGCGCGCAGCGGAGGGUUGGCCCGUCGUCAGGCUACUCGGACGAUGGCGUGAUUGGCGAGAGCUGGACAGGAAGCUCGGGGGACAAGUCGGGGGAGCUGAGGCAGUGGGAGAAGGCGCUGGAAGAGAAGGCGCGUCAGCUGGAGCUGAAGGAGCGAAAGCUCGCCCAGCAGCUGCUCCACCUCAACCACACCAGUACUGCAGGGAGAUCUCGUAAUGCUGGAGAGCUCGCGAACCUUGAUGAGGAGCGAUUCGCAAGGGCAAGGGGGGAGGCAUGGGGGGAGAGAAGUCAAGCAGCAGGAGGGAGGGACAUGGAGGAGAGCGAGAGCGAUCAGCUGGCCAAGUUCUCUAAGCACAUCGGGCAUGGCUCCAACAACGCGCUCAAGAACCUGCUGCUUCUCUGCAUCGACGUGGAGGCCUUCCGCUACCUCACCGAGCCUGACGACAUGAACAUCUACGCGCACGAGAUGUUCACCCAGCUUGCUGCUGUUCUUGCGUUUGCUCAUCGCCUCGCGUGGCAGUACCUAAAGCCUGGCGCGAGGAGAUGGUGUGGGCUGCCUGACAGCGCCUUGAAGGAGUUUCAGUCUCGCUUCACUGAUGGAGGAAUGGACACGAAGAUGUUCGAUAGAGUUCAGGUAGACAUGAUGGCGAUAGAUAGAGAUGAAGAGAAGGAGGAGGACGGGAAACGGGAGACGUUGUCCUUCAAGCAUCUUCUGCCGGCCUUGGCUGAGUUCAGACGAGUAAGAGACACAUGA